AUGGAAUCCCAGCAGUUACAAAGAGAAUUUCCUGCCUCUGAGGUUGCAAACGAAUUUGUGAACCAGUAUUACUGUGUUCUAAACAACUGUCCAGAUAAGCUAUACGAGUUCUACAAAGAUUGCAGCACUAUCACCCGCCCUGAACCCAAUGGUCAAUUGUUGCAUGUAACAACCCUAGAAGCUAUUAAAAACAAUAUAGUGUCUUCGCUCAAUGAGGGAAAUGAGGUUAAAAUAGGAACUGUGGAUUCACAAGAAGCUUAUAAUGAAUCUUAUAUCAUAUUGGUAACUGGGAUCAUAUUAGGGCACGAGAAUGUCGAAAGAAAAUUUGCCCAGUCUUUCUUUUUAGCACCACAGGAGAGAGGCUAUUUUGUUCUAAACGAUGCAUUUCGGUAUUUAGAAGAAUCCCAGUAUUCAGAAGACAAAACUUAUAUGUCGGCUAAUGCUGUUUGUGAUGAGCCUUUGCAGGAAGACAUAGUUCCUGCAAAAGAAAUUCAAAGAUUUGAACCACAACCUUCGAAAUUGGAAAAUAAACAUGCUACUGAAACUGUUGAGAAUGAACAACAGCUUAAGGAUAUUGAGAAAACUAUUUCACCACCAGAAGAAACAACAAAAAUGAGUUUUCUAGCAGUCGAGCACUUCAAAGCCCUUUCAUACAUUUUGAAUGCACGUCGAGCACUUCAAAGCCCUUCAAAGCCCUUUCAUACAUUGAGCCUUUUGAAAGAGAACCCACAUCCUAUUCAAAGGCCAACUGUUGUGGUGAAAUUUCCAAUAAAUACCGGACUGAAAGCAAAUGUACCAUCACAAGUACAUACAACAUCACAAUCGUUGAACUCUAAUUCUGGAAAAGCCCCAGUCAAUGAGAACUCAAUCCAUUUAAGAAAUUUGCCAUGGAAUUCUACAAUUACCUUGCUUGAAGAAGAGUUUAAAAAAUAUGGUUCUAUAAAGCCUGGUGGAAUUCAAAUCAGAGCCAACAAGGAAAAAAACUUUUGCUAUGGCUUCAUUGAGUUCCAAUCAUCAACUUCUGUGGAGAGUGCUGUAAAGGCAUCUCCUAUUGUCAUCUCUGGGCGUCGCGUAUAUGUUGAAAAGAAAAGGUUGGCUGCUUUCAGAGACAAUAUUCCAAAUGGCGUAAAGAGAGGAGGCGAACGUCAAGGACGCAAUGGCUAUGCAAGAAAUUUCUAA